CCCUUUUAUGCCUUUUUCUUGCCCCUUCCCCUUUCACGAGCAUUGCCUGCAAAAGUGACCCAAAAGUUCUAGGGUUCCGUCACGGAUAAAGGUCAAGCCCCCACCCCCUUUCUUUUCUUCUUCCUCCUUCAGCUACCAAAUCUCCUCCUCUUAAAUUUCUUCCCUUCUUUCAAGAUCCGACCACUUAUCUGUAUGGGACAGCCAUCUCCAGACUUAUCCUUUUAGUAGCUGCCAUCAAGACAACUGCUUAAACAAAUAUCACCCAUACUUCACUUCCAUGUAUACCCAUGAGGUUCUGCUUUCACCGACACCUGGGAUUCUACUCGAAACGGGAAUGUCAAGUAUAACCCUCUGAUAAAUCUAGAGCUUUUGCACAGUUAUGGAAGACAUCCUGUUACUUAAACAGGCCUGGAAAUGGUUGCUGUCGGAAAGCCAUUGUUACUCCGUCGCUGCGAUGAAUGCUGCUCGUUCUUUCAGGGACAAAAUUGGGAUUUCUAUCGCUCGCCAUUGGCCUAGUGUUUGCUGUGGUUGUUCAAGACUGGUUAAGCUAUUCUGCUACUUUCUGAUUCAGUGGAAGGAUUGUUUUGUUCGUGGAUCUAGAUCGCUUUUUGGGUUGGGUACUGCUGCCCUUCUUCUUAUCAUAUGGAGCUGUUUUCUUAGUUUGACAUCAAUGUCCUGCCUUCUUUAUGUUCUUUUAAGUAUGGGCGCUGCUGCGUGUGCUGUCCACUAUCUGGGCCACACUCCUGGUUUAUUUAUAGUAGGGUUAUUUGCAAUUUUAGUCCUGUGGAUGUAUGGUAACUUUUGGAUCACUGGCACAUUAUUUAUUGUUGGAGGUUACUUGUUUUCCCGGAAACACGCAAGGUUGGUCGUUUUAAUUGCAACCUUAUAUGCUCUCUAUUGUGUAAAAGUUCAAGGAGGAUGGUCUGGAUUUUUGGUAUCAAUUAACCUUGCUUUCCUAUCUAACGAUGCGUUAAACUGCAUCCUCCAAUGGUGUGAUAAUCUGAGUGAAAAGACGCAUUUUGAAGAGCAGAAUUUUUCUGAAUCAUUUGUUGAAGAUGAAUUCCGACCAGAGAGUGAGUUUUUUAAUCCUACCAAUGAAGCUGAGAAGGUGCAUCCUACUGAUGAAACCGAGAAGGUGCGUCCUACUGAUGAAGCUGAAAAGGUUCAGUCAUGUGAAUGUUCAAGCGAACCAACUUCUACAACAAUUAUAUUGAACAAACCAAAGGAAUCGUCCUCUUUCGCUGUGGUCAAAGACGAUUUGAAAGCAGUUAAUGAGAUGAAAAGAAUUCUUAGCUGUGUGGAUCAUUAUGAAGCACUAGGAUUAUCUCGUUACAAGAGGAUUGAUGGAAUUUUGCUGAAGAAAGAAUAUAGGAAAAAGGCCAUGCUUGUGCACCCCGAUAAAAACAUGGGAAGUCCGCUGGCAAGUGAAUCCUUUAAAAAGAUUCAAUGUGCAUAUGAGGUUCUUUCUGAUUCUUUGAAGAAAAGAGACUACGAUGAGCAGCUGAGAAAGAAAGAAUCGAGGACUCUAUCUCACAAAUCUCCUAGUACUUCCCAUCAGCAGGAGAGUCCUGAUUACUGCUCUAGGGAAUCACGACGCAUACAGUGCACAAAAUGUGGUCAUUCACAUAUAUGGAUAUGUACAAAUAGGACGAAAUUGCAGGCAAGAUGGUGUCAGGAUUGUUGUCAAUAUCAUCAAGCCAAGGAUGGGGACGGGUGGGUAGAAUACAAAGGCUCGCUAAGCUUUGAUCGAGCUCAAAAGGUGGAGAUACCGCGUGCUUUUGUUUGUGCGGAGAGCAAGAUUUUUGAUGUUUCAGAAUGGGCCAUUUGCCAGGGAAUGGGUUGCAGGCCAAAUACCCAUCGUCCAACUUUUCGUGUAAACAUGGUUGGAUUGGAGAAACCUGCAAGAUCAAACUCAAGCAGGUAUCCAUGGGAUUUGGAUGCAAAAAUGGCAUCGGAUGAAGAAGAGGAAUUUGAGAUAUGGCUAAAAGAAGCAUUGGCGUCGGGUUUAUUUAGCGAAACUUCAAAACGUAGAAAAAGCUGGGGACCCUUCUUCAAAUUACCUCAGAAGAAAGGAAAGAAAGAAUGGAAUCGAAUGUCUCAGUAGUAAAAAAGAAUCCUUUGGGUGGUUGGUUUUGUAAUGUAUGUAUAUAAAUGGUGUCCGGUGUGUAUGCAUUAUUAGAUUUUGAUGUGAAGAAGAUGAUGAUGAUGAUGUUAAGUUGUUAAUAAAGUUGUUUCAAUCAACAUCACAAUUCCUCCACCAAUUCAAGAACA